AACCUCCACAUCAAAUUCACCCACCCACCACUCUUUGAUUUUUCCAAUAGUUUACCAAACUAUAGUAAAGAAUAAUAAAGCCCUCAAUUUUGAACACCCAAAUCAAGAUUCAUCGCAUUUUUUGUUUCUCUACUCCAAUUGGGUGUUUUUUCUUUUUGUUUUUGUGUAUCCAUAAAUGGGUAGUGAAACAAAGGUUUAUACUUUGGAAGAAGUAGCACCUCACAACAAUGCCAAAGAUUGUUGGCUUGUCAUUAGUGGCAAGGUGUACGAUGUGACAAAGUUCUUGGACGAUCACCCUGGUGGCGAUGAGGUUUUAUUAGCUGCUACUGGAAAGGAUGCAACCGAUGAUUUUGAGGAUGUUGGUCACAGCAGCAGUGCUCGAGCCAUGUUGGACGAGUACUACGUAGGGGAUAUUGAUUCAGCAACCAUCCCGACUAAAAAGGCGUACACUCCUCCCAAUCAGCCUCAUUACAACCAGGACAAGACAUCCGAAUUCAUAAUCAAGCUUCUCCAGUUCUUAGUUCCCUUGAUCAUUUUGGGCGUAGCAGUUGGCAUCCGCUUCUACACCAAACAAUCCUCUUGAAGAUUGAAUGCAACGGUAAAUUCAUAAUGCAAGAUGUCACCCUCGAUUCAAAAAAAUAUAUAUCGAAUUUUACUUCUUAGACUUCAUAUAGUCGUAUGUUCUUGUUGUAAUAGAUUGUUGAGUCAUCUUAUAGAGUGUGGAUUCGAGAUUUUAAUCUCGAGACGUUUCAACAUUUUAAGGCUCUUAGUAUUGAAUUCGACGUACCUUUGAAAUUUUGGGUUCAAAACUUGAUAUUUGUGGAAACUAUUGAAUUCAGUCAAACCUAUUAGUCAAAAGUUGUUAAUGUACUCUCAUAUUUAUGUCAUGUUA